AUGGCAGAAAAAAAGUCCUCCAACCACGACCUUGGCCAAUGCUAUUAUACACUCGGUGAUUAUAAACAAGCCGUAGAACGCCACAACAAGUACCUUGUUAUCUCCAGAGAACUGGGAGACCGAGAUGGAGAGGGAAGUGCAAACCACAACCUUGGCGAAUGCUAUCAUGCACUCAGUGAUUAUAAACAAGCCGUAGAACACUUUAACAAGUACCUUGUUAUCUCCAAAGAACUAGGAGACCAAAAUGGAGAGAGACAUGCAAACCUCGACCUUGGCCAUUGCUAUCAUGCACUCAGUGGUUAUAAACAAGCCGUAGAACACCACAACAAGUACCUUGUUAUCUCCAAAGAACUAGGAGACCGAAAUGGAGAGGGACGUGCAAACCACAACCUUGGCCAAUGCUAUCAUGCACUCAGUGAUUAUAAACAAGCCGUAGAACACCACAACAAGUACCUUGUUAUCUCCAAAGAACUAGGAGACCGACAUGAAGAGGGACAUGCAAACCGCCACCUUGGCGAAUGCUAUCAUGCACUCAGUGAUUAUAAACAAGCCGUAGAACACCACAACAAGUACCUUGUUAUCUCUAAAGAACUAGGAGACCGAGAUGGAGAGGGACAUGCAAACCACCACCUUGGCCAUUGCUAUAAUGAACUCAGUGAUUAUAAACAAGCCGUAGAACAACACUACAACAAGUACCUUGUUAUCUCUAAAGAACUAGGAGACCGAUAUGGAGAGGGACAUGCAAACGCCGACCUUGGCCGAUACUAUUAUGAACUCAGUGAUUAUAAACAAGCCGUAGAACACCACAACAAGUACCUUGUUAUCUCCAAAGAACUAGGAGACCGAGAUGGAGAGGGACGUGCAAACCACGACCUUGGCCAAUGCUAUCAUGCACUCAGUGAUUAUAAACAAGCCGUAGAACACCACAACAAGUACCUUGUUAUCUCCAAAGAACUAGGAGACCGAGGUGGAGAGGGACAUGCAAACCACGACCUUGGCCAUUGCUAUCAUGCACUCAGUGAUUAUAAACAAGCCGUAGAACACCACAACAAGUACCUUGUUAUCUCCAAAGAACUAGGAGACCGAAAUGGAGAGGGACUUGCAAACCACAACCUUGGCCAUUGCUAUCAUGCACUCAGUGAUUAUAAACAAGCCGUAGAACACCACAACAAGUACCUUGUUAUCUCCAAAGAACUAGGAGACCGACAUGGAGAGGGACAUGCAAACCGCCACCUUGGCGAAUGCUAUCAUGCACUCAGUGAUUAUAAACAAGCCGUAGAACACCACAACAAGUACCUUGUUAUCUCCAAAGAACUAGGAGACCGAGAUGGAGAGGGACGUGCAAACCACCACCUUGGCCAAUGCUAUCAUGCACUCAGUGAUUAUAAACAAGCCGUAGAACACCACAACAAGUACCUUGUUAUCUCCAAAGAACUAGGAGACCGACAUGGAGAGGGACAUGCAAACCGCCACCUUGGCGAAUGCUAUCAUGCACUCAGUGAUUAUAAACAAGCCGUAGAACACCACAACAAGUACCUUGUUAUCUCCAAAGAACUAGGAGACCGAGGUGGAGAGGGACAUGUAAACCUCAACCUUGGCCAAUGCUAUAAUAAACUCAGUGAUUAUAAACAAGCCGUAGAACACCACAACAAGUACCUUGUUAUCUCCAAAGAACUAGGAGACCGAGAUGGAGAGGGACAUGCAAACCGCCACCUUGGCCAAUGCUAUCAUGCACUCAGUGAUUAUAAACAAGCCGUAGAACACCACAACAAGUACCUUGUUAUCUCCAAAGAACUAGGAGACCGAAAUGGAGAGGGACAUGCAAACCACGACCUUGGCCAAUGCUAUCAUGCACUCAGUGAUUAUAAACAAGCCGUAGAACACCACAACAAGUACCUUGUUAUCUCCAAAGAACUAGGAGACCGAGAUGGAGAGGGACAUGCAAACCACAACCUUGGCCAAUGCUAUUAUAAACUCAGUGAUUAUAAACAAGCCGUAGAACACCACAACAAGUACCUUGUUAUCUCCAAAGAACUAGGAGACCGAGAUGGAGAGGGACAUGCAAACCACCACCUUGGCCAAUGCUAUCAUGCACUCAGUGAUUAUAAACAAGCCGUAGAACACCACAACAAGUACCUUGUUAUCUCCAAAGAACUAGGAGACCGAGAUGGAGAGGGACGUGCAAACCACGACCUUGGCCAAUGCUAUCAUGCACUCAGUGAUUAUAAAGGAGCCGUAGAACACCACAACAAGUACCUUGUUAUCUCCAAAGAACUAGGAGACCGAGAUGGAGAGGGACAUGCAAACCACCACCUUGGCCAAUGCUAUGAUGCACUCAGUGAUUAUAAACAAGCCAUCGAACACUACAACAAGUACCUUGUUAUCUCAAAAGAACUUGGGGACAGAGCGGGAGAGGGACGUGCAAACCUUGACCUUGGAGGUUGUUAUCUCGUCCUCGGUGAUUAUAAACAAGCCAUGGAGUACGUGGAGCAAAGUGAGAUCAUUGCCAAAAAUACUGGGAAUAAAGUUGAGGAAGGAAAAGCUAAAGAGCUCCUUGCUGUUAUUUAUCGAUAUGUCGAAGAUUAUGAGAAAGCAAUAGAGAACCGAAUGCAACGACUUGCCAUCGCCAAAGACGUAGGGGACCGCAAUGGUGAACUAAACGCUUACAGCAACCUUGGGAGUGUUUAUAACAUCCUUGGUAAGUUUAGCACAGCCAAAGAGUACUAUGACAUAGAACUUGCCAUGGCUAAAGAAAUCAAGAAUAAGAAAGCAGAAGCAGACUCCUAUUUCGGUCUUGGUCGGGCUCAUCUGCUGCGAAAAGAUUUCAUGCAAGCCAUCGAAUUCUUCGGCCAAUUUCUUAGCAUUGCUAAAGAAGAGGAGGUAGUAGAGACAAAAGGAUGUGCCUACCACAAUUUGGGUGAGGCCUAUCUUGGACUCAAUAAUUUCAAGGAAGCUGCUAACUACGGUAUGAAAAGUCUUGCCUUUGCAAAAGAAAAAGGAAACAAAUGUGGCGAGAGAGUGGCGAAUUAUAUCCUUGGCCGUAUUAUGGAAAGCUUCAAUCUCCUACAUGAAGCCUUGGAUCAUUAUCGGUCCGCUUUAAAGCUUGUAAAUGAUGAGAGGGACAUUAUCAAGGAAGAGCACAGGUCUUACUAG